UUCGCUUUCAUCCAAAGAUCCCCGCGCUCUUACAGCCGGUGGCCAGUACGCCAGUACUCCUCAUUCGCUCUCCUCACUCAAUUCUCUCGCGCUCUUCUACGCGUACCAGCCUUUCAACUCGACUUGUCCUCGUGGGCAUCGCCGUCUCUUCCGACUCGCCUCUAGACCGCGUCACGACGCGUCACCAUCACAGACCAUGUUUCGCAAUCUUCCCACCUUCAAAUCGCUCCCGCAGGCAAUCGGCCUCCCCUUUCUUUCCUCCUCUGAGGACGCGCAACUAGCGUUCAAAGCCGGCGACAAUGGCCUGAAGCGCCUCUCGCAGGGUGACGUUAUUCCACUCUCUGAAACCAGCUACUGGUCCCAAUACUGGAGCGUUUUCAACUCGGCCGCUGACGUUUACUCGCUUCUCAGCGUGCAGGACGUACGGCAGGCACUUCGCUCGAAUCCGGACAACGUUGCCAACCUUAUCCAAGCCCUCGCGCACCACCUCUUCACCCUCCUACCGUCGCCUGAGUUCCCAUCCUCUACUGCCCCGGAGACAGGCGGGCUCAGCCCAUCCUCGCAGGCACUCAACUGUCUGCGAGUACUUGGGCGUGUGCUGGUUGUCGUUUACGAGGGUGAAGCAGAGGGUGCUGGCAAGGCGUGGGCCGACAAGUACUUAUGGAGUCGGGGUCGCGCGCCACCGCGCAGCGCUGUUGGCGGCAUUGAAGAAGACGCUGCGCAGUUCUCGCUCGGGGACGACGACGAUGACGACGACCACGAGAAGAAGGACGAGGAUCCGGUGCUGACCGCCGCCGUCGACGAAGGCGAGCUGGAGCAUCCUCUUGCAGGACCCUCCACCAACGGGCACCCUGCUCCGGCGGAGGAGGAAGGUGAGGAACUGCCCUCUCUCGCGGACCGGCUGUUCUCGUGCGUCAUCGACAUGUUGUUCUGCGCGGGGUUCACCGUUCCCGACUCGGUGCGCGGCGAGGACGGGCAAGGCGACAAGAUCAACUACGUCAUCUGGGAGAAGGGCGUGGGCUCGACCGUGAGCAUCGGAAGCACGUCCGAGCUCGACCGGAACAAGAUUGAGGUGCUGCGAUUCCUUGUGAUUCUCCUCUCGCAGACAGUGUACACUCCGCCAACCGCGCUCGCGACAGCGACCAACGCUCCGCUGGAACAUUUGACGCAUGCGCUCGAGCGGCGCCUGGUUCUGUCGCUAUUGUGCUCGCUGCUGAAUACAUCCCUCGCUCCCAAGGCUGGCGGCGUGCCGUACAACCAUCUCGUGUUCCGUGCUGCGGAGGAGCGCCGCACCAUGGUCCGCAUGUGUCUUAUGACGCUGCUCGUCGCGCUCGACUACCGCUCAUUUGACAACAUCACCCCCACGCCCGGUACCCCUGGCGGGCUGGCUGCCGAGAAGGACGACAACGCGUUCCGUUUCUUCAUUUCCAAGCUGCAUCGCAAGGACGACUUUGCGUUCGUGCUCGGGGGCAUCAUCGGCAUCCUUGAGGAGCAUAUGGCUCACACCAACAACUACCUCCCGGGAAGCAAGAAGCCCGUGCCAUACCUAUUGGAGGCCUUCAUGCUCCUGUGGCGCCUUGUUGAUCUCAACAAGCGAUUCCGCGCGUAUGUCUUUGAGAGCGGCAAGGCGAUCGACCUUAUUGGCUACAUCCUCAUCUGCUGCCUCGAGUUCAAGAACGACCCCGCGCAGCACGGCAUGUUGCGCCUUCUUGCGUACCUCUUGCAGACACUUUCAGCCGACGCGGGCUUUGCGACUGCCAUCAACCAGCCGCUUCGGCAACCAGUCCCUGCCAAGUGGGCUGUGCAGGGCAACGCUUCGGAUUUCAUGAUUGUAUCGAUAUACAGCAUCGCAACGACGCCUGGACUCAACACGCUGUUCCCCGCACUGACCAUCUCCAUCACGAACGCGGCACCCCAUUUGCGUAACAUUGGCGUGCAGGCGUCGACGCGGCUCAUGCAGUUGUUCAAAGCAUUCUCGGCGCCCAACUUCCUUCUCGCGGAUGAUAGCCACCCGCGGCUGGUCUACUAUCUGCUUGAGACUUUCAACGCGGUCAUUUAUCACCAGCUCAACGAGAACCCGAACCUGAUGUACGCGAUUCUUGUCGCGCACGCCGAUUUCCAACGCCUUGCGACGUUCACGCUCCUUUCGGGACUGCGCGAAAUUCAGCGCAAGAAGGCGCUGCGCGCCAAGGAGGAGGAACGCAACACGCCGCCGCCGCGUGGUCUUGUGCGCACGGACUCUGAACUGGCGAUGCUCGCGGAGAAGGCAGCUCUUCUCGGGCGCGAGAUUGAGGGGGACGAGAUUGAUGACGAGCGGCGCCCAUCACAGUCCCAGUCGCACCGCGGGUCUGAGGACAGCCAUGCGCGCAUGACAUCUCCCCCGCCAGGCCACAUGUCCGAGAAGGCACGAGGCAAGAUGCGCGCUACUUCCCCACCGCCCGAGGAAUCCAGCAGCGCCGGGGAUGACGAAGAGCUGAUGCGCGUCGCCCAGGCGGGCAUUGGGCCGAACGGCUACAUUCCCACGCAAGAGUGGGUGACGAGUUGGCAGAAGGGGCUGCCGCUGGACCCGGUGCUUGUUGCCAUUUCGGAGCUCCUUCCCAAAAUCCAGGACACGCAGCGCGCCGCAGGCCCAAGCUCUAAGGUCUUCAACCUCCUCAAAGAGAUCGAUCUCACCGACGUGCUGCCGCCUGCGCCUCCGUUUGUGCCCCGCAAAUUCACGUGGUCGCCCCAGUCCUGUGUGUGGCUCACGUCGUUGCUGUGGGGUGACAUCUACGUCGCGGGUAUCGCGACGGGCGUGUGGCGCGAUACGACUGUGCGCCUCUUUGGCGUUAAGCAGGCGCCCGGCACAAAGCGCCCCGCGCAGGUUGACCGCGUGCUCAAGAUGUUUGGUGUUGCGUAGUGUGCAGCGCGUCGAGACGCGUGCUUGUAGCCUUGUAUGCAGACUCCUGAGAGCAGA